UUACCUACCAAACUUUAAAUUCUCCUUAGGAUACUUCAUGUUGCAUUAAUCACCAGACUAAGUAGUACAAGUUUAUGUGUUUUUUAUUCAUUUUCUAUUUGAAGAGGAUCAAAUCAUAUUGUAGUACUAACGUAAGAACCUAAAAUGGCAUUGAAAAUGAGAGAUGUAUGCAGCUUACAUUAUCCCAAUAAUUUGUCGAAAAUAGAGUCGCAUGAGAAGGAAUUUCAAAUUUUGAAAUUUGGUUCUAUUAAAGGUUAUGGGAAGAAGGAUUUGAGGGUGAUAAGCGCAAGUGCAAGCGGAAGCAAUAAUUCAAAGAGCAUUGAUACAAUUAAUGGGAAGAAAAUAAAUGGUGUUCAUGUAGAGGAGUAUCCACAUUUAGGGAAAAUGGGCAACGUAGUCAUUGAUAAGAGCACAGAAUUAGGAGCAUCCUCAUCAAAUCAUUCAUAUCUACUAGGGAAUUUCGUGGAUGAUCGAUUUGUGUAUAGACAAUCCUUUGUGAUUAGGUCUUAUGAAAUUGGACCUGAUAAAACUGCUACCAUGGAAACCAUAAUGAAUCUCCUUCAGGAGACAGCUCUAAAUCAUGUGGCAAACUCAGGGGUUGGUAGUAAUGGAUUUGGGGCUACACGAGAGAUGAGCCUUAGGAAACUCAUAUGGGUAGUCACUCGCAUACAUAUCCAAGUUGAACAAUAUAGCUGCUGGGGAGAUGUGGUGGAGAUAGAUACAUGGGUAGAUGCAGCAGGUAAAAACGGAAUGCGAAGGGAUUGGAUCAUUCGCGACUCCACUACCAAGAACAUCAUCACAAAAGCAACAAGUACAUGGGUGAUAAUGAACAGAGAAACAAGAAGGUUAUCCAAAAUCCCAGAGCAGGUCAAAGCAGAAGUUCAACCUUUCUACAUCAACAGAUUCGCGAUUCCAUCUGCACAAAUUGAUUCUGAAAAGAUUGAGAAACUCAACGAUGAAACUGCACAAAUUAUCAGUUCUGGUUUAGCUCCGCGAUGGAGUGACAUGGAUGCUAAUCAACAUGUCAACAAUGUCAAAUACAUUGGAUGGAUUUUGGAGAGUGUGCCUAUAAAUGUUUUAGAAGACUGCAACCUAAUGAGCUUGACAUUAGAGUAUCGGCGCGAAUGUCGAUUGUCAAACGUGCUGCAAUCCAUGACAAGUCUGAGAGAAAUAGAAACAGCAACAAGUGAUGAAAAUGGUGGAAUUAGUGGAACGGAAUGCACGCAUCUGAUCCGCAUGGAGGCUGAUCGAGCAGAGGUUGUUCGAGCCAGGUCCAUAUGGCAGCAUAAACAAUGAACUAAUUGUAUCUUCUAUCUUCUCUACAAUCAUUCUUUGAAGUGUGUAUUUUUUUUUUUGUCAACAUAAUGUAAGUAGAUAAUUAAUUAGAGAUUACUGUACAAGUUGUUCUCUUCUUUAUCAGGAGUUGAUCCACUUUUACGGCAAUGGGUUCGGGUGUCUCAUUGCCUUUGACUCGAACACUAUAUUUAUUAAUGAUUUUUCAAAAAACUUGUAUUAAGAAAGACAAAUGUAUCCGUUACUGUA